AUCGACUUGUCCGGAUCUGAUAUCACCGAAACCGGACAUUGACUUAUAGUGCGACUGUCAACUUCCUGUGGUGAGUACUUUGAUCAUUGCAGAAUAACCAGAGAGCUUGAUGAAGACAGACGUCUAACCCUCAACUCGUAUCUGCCAUUUGCCAUACACGUACUUGGAUAACUCAAGUUACAGGCCGACCAGAUGAGAGAGAAGAACCUGGCCAUAUUGGAACAACAAAGGUUGCAGUAUGAGCAAGAGCGAGAUGAAUACAUACAAAAGGUAAAACUAGAGAUAAAUCAAUUUAGAGAAAAGGUAGAAACUAAAGAUAGGGAAUUAGACCGGUAUCAUGAAAAAACAGAGAGAAUGCAAUCUCAAAUAGAUCAGCAAGAGUCUCUUGCUAGAAUCCAAAAGGUAAUAACUGACAGGGAAUCUAAAUCAGGAGUAAGUUAUAAACCUCCUUCAACUCCCGACAAAUAUGGUCCAUCUGCUCCAAAACUGGCUAUUUUUGAUGGCAAAAGUGACUGGCGACCAUACUUUUUACAGUUCUCUACCAUAGCUGAUAGAUAUAAAUGGAGUGAUGAGCAAAGAUUGUUCAAAUUAAUAGAACUUUUAAGAGAUAGGGCUUUAAAGUACUACAGUAACAGGGUUAAAUCAUUACAGGCCAAUUAUAAACUGUUUUGUCAGAAAUUUAAUGAGAAAUUUGGGAAAAAGGAGUUACCCCAUAUUUUACGUAGAUUAUUACAGGAUUUGAGACAAGAAAAUGAAGAGAAUUUGAGAGAUUUUGCAGAGAGGGCACAGGAGUUGGCGGUUGAUGGUUACCCUGACACUCCAGAGAAGUUUGCUGAGACGCUUGCUACUGAUGCAUUUUUGAGAGGUUGUCUAGAUAAAAGAGCUGCUUUGGUUGCCAUGGACAAGAACCCAGAAUCCUUGGAUCAAGCAGUCCAAUUUGUACGUAGCGCAGCAGCUAACCAAAAAGUUAUCAUGGGUGGUAAGAAGUCUGAAGUGAAGAGAGUUACAUUUUCAGAUACAGAAGAUGUCCAAGAGCAGGAAGAAGAAACAUUUGCUGUAAGGGUUGUUGAGAAAGAUGAUGAUAAAAGAGGGGUAAGUGCUAGUAUUGAGAAAAGAAUUAAGAAAACAGAAGAUGAUCUUGCAGAGACAAAAAUUAUUGUGAAAAAGAUUCUCAAUAUACUUAACCAAAAUCAGGGUCAAAAUCAGAGGUCAAGGAGUACAUAUAGGUCUCCUACACCAGAAAGAUCAACAAGCCCAUAUAGGGGAACUGGAUGUUUUCAGUGUGGAAAAGAAGGACAUUUUGCCAGGGAUUGUCCGAGUAGGAUAAUGUAUCGAAAUGGGUCGCCCAUGCGAAGUAGGUCUCCAUCACCAAGUCACAACACUUUAAACUACCAGGGAUCAAGAAAGACGGCCAAUUCUUGAUCAGCUCGGAACAUGGUGGCCAAAUAUGUACAGAUGUAAACAAUUUACAAAUAAAAGACAUUGACAAUACAGCAAAAAUUCAGGAACUAUUUUUGUAUAAACAUAAUUCAGAUUCAAAAACAUUGUACAUAAACUUAACUCUUAAUGGGCAAAAAGUUUUAGCUGUUGUAGAUAGUGCAGCUCAGGUUUCCGUGAUCAGUACAUCACUCCUUAAACAGUUGGGGCCAAGAGUAAAGAUGA